CAGAACCGCCUCAUACCAUAACAGAGCGCAGUGUUUAGUGUAAGUUAUAAGUUAUACGCAGUUUAAUGUCGUUUUUCUCUUCGUAAACUGUUUAAACUCGGGAAUCCGCAGGUGUGGAGGUGUGUUUGGACUCAGGGAACAGAAGGGAGGGAGGAAUGCUGGGUGGAAUUUUUAAAACGACCCCAAACACCUGUGACACACCUACCACUCUCUCAGUUGAUAGAGAGGCUUCGGCCAGCAGUGAUCAUGCAGUGACCAGCGAUAAUGCAGGCUUGCUAAGCGGCCUGUUCAGACGAUCACCCAAACCCAGCCCGAAAUCAGCUCACGGACAGGAAAAUCCACUUGUUCAGACCGAGUCAAACCAAUCAAAUCAACCCAGUAGUGGGAUGUUUGGAUGGAUUUUCAGGAACCCGUUCGGCUCCUCAGUUCAGGAGCGGGAAAAAGCAGAGCCGCCUGGAGAUACACACUCAGAAUCCACCCAGAAGACUAGCUCAUGUCCUGAUGGGACGACUGAAGAAGACAGCUCCUUAAAUCAGACUGGUGUGAGCUCAGAAAUUACAGACAGUGUGUUAAAAGCAGACGAGACGCCCCCCAUCCCCCCCAGACCCACCCAGGAGGAGCUCAACACUACCCUGAUUUACAGACUGAGUCUUCUCCAUCCAGCAGAGAGUGACUGCACUCAGGAAUCAGUGCAAUCGGUGGACCAGUGCCCAGUCAAAGCAGCACAAGAUGAAGACCAUCAGGUGAACACACCUUUUAUGGAUGACGCUGAGGAGUGUGCUUCCAUUACGAGUCAAAAGGACAAAGAUGGCAAAGAGGAAACGGCUGAAAAUUCAAAAAGCACACUGCCAAAGAAGAAGAUAGUGAAAAAGAAGAAGAAUCCAUUUAUGCCUCAUGUUGUGCCCAAGGGUAAAGUGCAGCAGAAGAAGAGUGGAGCUGGAGCUGAACCUGUGGAGAGUGAAGUGCAGAAGAAGUCCCUCAUGGAGCAGCUGAAUGAGCUUCGCUUGGAGAAAGCUCAUAAGGAGGAAGAGGAGGAUCUUGAAGGCCUGAUGGAGUGGUGGAGCACAGUUAAACAAUGGGAGCAGAUGCCCAAAGAGGAAGAUAUGACAGAAAAAGAAGAGGCCAAGGCGUUCGCGGUGACGGCAGAGAAGAUCCAGAGGGGGAUCCGAGUGUUUAACCAGCUGUUCUCAGAGCGAGCUGAAGGUCUCUGGCAGCACGUUAUUGAUUUGCGGGCGAUUGCUGACGGUCUGGACCGCUUCAACUGGAGAACCAAAGUGGCGCAGAUCACCGGCGGCUCCACCAGUGCCGUGGGUGGAGUGGCGACCAUCACCGGCCUCGCCCUGGCGCCGGUUACAAUGGGAACCUCCCUCAUCGUGACGGCGGUGGGCCUUGGCGUGGCGGCGGCCGGCGGCCUCACCUCCGCGUCUGCUGGGAUCUCCAACGCUGUCAACAACUCCAUGGACCGCAAGAAGGUGGAGCGCAUCGUGGAGGACUACCAGAGCAAGAUGGCCGACCUCAACAAGUGCAUGAAGUUCAUCAAGCAGGGCAUCGAGAACCUGCGUCAGUUUAACCUGCUGAGGGUGAAGAAACAGGCCUACAACCGGGACUUCCCCGGCCUCAACAGCGUCUACGAGGACGGAGCCAUGGCCAGCAAAGCCAUCCUCAGCAACGCCAACGAGAUCAUGCGGGUGGUGCAGAUCGCCAACGUGGCGGGCAGCACGGCGGCCCGAGCCGUCCAGAUCGCCAGCAUGGCCACCGGUGUGCUCACCGGGCUCUUCGUAGGCAUGGACAUCUACUUCGUGACCAAGGACUCGCAGGAGCUCAGGAAAGGAGCCAAAUCCGAAUUCGCCGCCAAGAUCCGAGAGGUGGCCGACCAGCUGCACGAAGGACUGGUGGAGCUCAACACCAUCCGAGAGGAGCUGCAGUGCUCGGGAUCCAACGCUGGAGCACCAGAUACCAACCCUGCCGCACCACCACCGAGCUCUGAGGAACACCGGGAGAAGAGCGAACCCAGUCCAGACUCACAGCAGGCUUAAAGAAUCACGGUUAUAGACUUUUAUAGACUUUUAUUGACUCUUUAGACACUUUAGUCUAGUGUUUUAGGGGUUGUUUGGGUUUAAAAGGUGUUAAAAGAUGCAUCUCUUCACCUGGUCAAUCUAUUUUUCUCGUAGUUGAAUAAUAAGUGACUGCAAACAUUUCCUUUUAAACUUUUUAUGGUCUUAAUAUUUAAUAUAU